AUGAAUACUAAAAUUCAUACUUAUCACAUUAAGAAUAGUAUUAAUGAGAUGGAUAAUAGUUGGUUCAAUCUUAAUAAAUUUGUUACCUUUGAAAAAUAUGCAAAAUAAUUGAUAAAUUUAGUCUUUACAUCCAUUUUUAAUUUACUCAUAUAAAUUAUAUAAGAAUUUUUAUAGUCUAUACAUUUAGAAUAUUGUUUUGAGACAGUUGAUAGAUAUUAUUUCAUAAUAUCAUAGGCUAGAUGUGAUUUUAUUGUAAAAUUGGAUGAAUUGAAGAAAUCUGAGUAAAAAUAGAUAUUUUUAAUUGUCUAGUAAUUAUUGGUAAUUAGGAAUAAUUUUGUAAGAAAUGACAUAUAGACAUCCCGCAUUUAUAGAUUACAAUCCAAAAUUAACUUUUUAUUAUAUAUUAAAUUGUUAAUUAGAAUUGCCUAUGUAAAUUGAAGUGGAUUAUCAAUUAAAAGAUUUAAUAAAAAAGUAAUAUUUUAUACAUUUAUAUAUUUCAGCUAUUGUAAAAAGAACCAAUAAAAAGAAUUAGAUAUCAGAUGGGGAUUUCUGAGAUUUAAGAUCAUGAAUAUUUAAAAAAUGCUAAUUGGAAAUCAAUUUAGGAUAGACAAUUGUAAUCAACAGAAUUGUUGA